AGAAAGGGCAGCUAGGGUUCGGAAUCACCGGGUAUUACGAUUGGCUGGGGUUUUUUUUUUUUUUUUUUUGGUCCGGAGGCGUGUACUAAGUAGCCGGUAGUGAAGAGGGAAGAUGGCUGCCGCAUUGAAGUAAUUUUCAGUCGCAUCGUUCUGGUGUUCGUCUUACCACAAAUGCAUCACUUUUCCCCAGAAACAACAGAGUGCAGGAAGUGUGAAUGAGUCCAAAGCUCUGUUCCCAGAAGCUUCCGUCCAUUGGAGGAAGACUUAAAGCUUCUGCCCUAUCAGCUGCUGAGGCUGAAUUUGGCAUGAAGGAUUCUCUUCACUGUGCAUGGACAGAAAACCAAUGCGGAGACCUGCAAAUUACAGGAAAUUGCCAAGUCUCUCUGCUGCUAGCUUCAGAUCUUGUUUCAGUUUGCAGCUGUUCGAUUAUUGAAAUGAGAGCCACUGCAGGCAAGAACUUGUACAGUAUUCCUCUCACCCCCUGCUGAUUUCAGCAGCAGUCAUACUAAGAAGACAUAGUCAAAGACAGAGCGAUGCCGGAUCUUCUAGCCUGGUGUCUUAGUACUCGCCCUGGGGAGACUGGAAUGGAUGUCACAAGUCGCUGCACCCUGGGAGACCCCAAUAAAUUACCAGAGGGGGUUCCUCAGCCUGCUCGCAUGCCUUAUGUCUCGGACAAACACCCAAGACAGACCCUAGAGGUCAUCAAUCUCUUGCGCAAACAUAGAGAGCUUUGUGAUGUAGUCCUUGUGGUAGGUGCCAAGAAAAUCUAUGCCCACCGUGUCAUCCUCUCAGCUUGUAGCCCAUACUUUCGGGCAAUGUUCACAGGCGAGUUGGCAGAGAGUCGCCAGACCGAAGUAGUUAUUCGGGACAUUGAUGAACGAGCCAUGGAACUGCUGAUUGACUUUUCAUACACCUCACAAAUUACAGUGGAAGAGGGAAAUGUACAAACCUUGCUACCGGCUGCUUGUCUCCUUCAGCUUGCAGAGAUUCAAGAAGCCUGCUGUGAGUUUUUAAAGAGGCAGCUUGACCCAUCCAAUUGCUUGGGUAUCCGAGCCUUUGCCGACACUCACUCAUGCCGAGAACUGUUGAGGAUCGCAGAUAAGUUCACCCAACAUAACUUUCAAGAGGUGAUGGAAAGUGAGGAGUUCAUGCUUCUCCCAGCAAACCAGUUGAUCGAUAUAAUCUCAAGCGAUGAACUGAAUGUUCGCAGUGAAGAGCAAGUGUUUAAUGCAGUGAUGGCCUGGGUGAAAUACAGCAUUCAAGAAAGGAGGCCACAGCUGCCACAAGUUUUGCAACACGUUCGAUUGCCACUGCUAAGCCCAAAAUUUUUGGUCGGGACUGUUGGAUCUGAUCCACUGAUUAAAAGUGAUGAGGAGUGCAGGGACUUAGUAGAUGAAGCCAAGAACUACCUUUUGCUGCCUCAAGAAAGACCUCUAAUGCAAGGCCCUCGGACUCGACCUCGCAAACCCAUCCGUUGUGGUGAAGUGUUGUUUGCAGUGGGAGGCUGGUGCAGUGGAGAUGCCAUUUCCAGUGUUGAACGCUAUGAUCCACAAACUAAUGAGUGGAGGAUGAUGGCUUCAAUGAGCAAACGGCGAUGUGGUGUUGGGGUCAGUGUUUUAGAUGAUCUACUUUAUGCUGUGGGUGGCCAUGAUGGAUCCUCGUACCUUAACAGUGUAGAAAGGUAUGAUCCAAAGACCAAUCAGUGGAGCAGUGAUGUUGCUCCCACCAGCACAUGCCGAACCAGCGUUGGUGUAGCAGUUCUUGGGGGAUACCUAUAUGCAGUAGGAGGCCAGGACGGGGUAUCCUGCCUCAACAUUGUGGAAAGGUACGACCCAAAGGAGAAUAAAUGGACACGAGUUGCCUCUAUGAGCACUCGGAGACUUGGUGUCGCUGUUGCAGUUUUAGGCGGAUUCCUUUAUGCUGUUGGUGGUUCAGAUGGCACAUCUCCUCUUAAUACUGUGGAGCGGUACAAUCCCCAGGAGAAUCGCUGGCACACUAUAGCACCCAUGGGCACACGGCGCAAACACCUAGGAUGUGCUGUCUAUCAGGACAUGAUCUAUGCAGUGGGUGGUCGGGAUGACACUACAGAACUCAGCAGUGCUGAACGGUACAAUCCCCGAACAAACCAGUGGUCACCUGUUGUAGCCAUGACUUCUCGUCGGAGUGGAGUUGGCCUUGCUGUGGUGAAUGGGCAGCUAAUGGCAGUAGGAGGCUUUGAUGGAACAACGUAUUUAAAAACUAUAGAAGUUUUUGACUCGGAUGCUAACACUUGGCGGUUGUAUGGUGGCAUGAACUAUCGACGGUUGGGUGGUGGUGUUGGAGUUAUCAAAAUGACACACUGUGAAUCACAUAUCUGGUAAACCAUACAAAGUGCAUUAGACCCCCUCAAGCCUCGGAUAUGGACAUCCAGCUCCACUGUAAGAAGCUUUAAAAGGAGCAUCCUCAUCAAGUCGCCAAGGAACGUUAAACAUUACUCAUAGUAUUUUCCGUUUUGUUUAAAAGCUAACUUUAAGAAUCUAUCCCCUGUAAGAACAGGUUCAUUUAUAGGAGUAAUGAAGUAUGCUUUCUUUGUUUGGGAUGAAAAUGUCUCCUUUGGCCAGUUGCUGUCAUUGUGUUGUCCAGGAAGACCAUAUGCAUUGCACCUUAAAGGGGAACUCCACACAAACAUAACUUAAGCUUUUUGAAAAGUAAACCUAAUUUCAAGCAACUUUGCAAUAUACAUUGAUUAAAAAAUAUGCAGACUUUUCCUAAUUUUUAAUGGUUUUGAAUAGUUUCCUAAGCCUAGCCCCCUGCUCUCCUGCUGAUCUGUCUGACUACUUUGCUGAGCUGGCUGACUACUGUUACUUUGUAUCAGCAGCCAUCUGACCUUGGCCUGCAUCUUCCAACCCCACAAUUCCCUGCACACAUGAUUUCAAUUAGGACCAGAACAUCAUAGU